UUUAAACGACGACAGUGGGAAUCCGCUGGUCCUGGAACAAGACAUUAAGCGACGGGUUGUUUUUUCUCCCCCCCCUCCCCCGCAGCUUUUCCUGGUCUAUUUACAACUUCAGUUGACAGCGUAGGCGCCGCUCGUUUUGUGCGAAGAGAUCGGCCCGAACUUUUAUUUAAAGUCCGCCGUCGGUGGUCGGCGGGUUUCCGGACGCGGGCAAGUUUCUGCGUACGGGCUGAAACUUUGCUGCUACGCCUUGAUAACGGGGGGCCGAGGACUAACUGCGUUUAGGUGUUAUUUUGGGGCAGCCGGCUGAGCGGACCCACCAAGCCAGCCCCGCUGCGCGCGUGCGUGUACGUGCGCGUGUUGGGUUUGUUCCGAGGCGCCUCGCGGGGGUUUGGCCCCGUUUUAUGUUAAACGCUCGCUCGCUCUCACGAGGGAGCCCCGUCCUUGCCCGCGCGCGGCGGUCGGGGUGGAAGAUGGCGCUGGCCGAAUGGAAAUCCUAAUGACGGUCUCCAAAUUUGCCUCUUUUUGUACCAUGGGCGCCAAUGCCUCUGCUCUGGAGAAAGAGAUUGGCUCUGAGCAGUUUCCCGUCAAUGAGCACUACUUUGGCCUGGUCAAUUUCGGGAACACCUGCUACUGUAACUCGGUGCUGCAGGCUCUAUAUUUCUGCCGACCAUUCCGGGAGAAGAUCCUGGCAUACCGCAGUCAGCCACGGCGUAAGGAGAACCUGCUUACUUGCCUGGCUGACCUGUUCCACAGCAUCGCCAACCAGAAGAGGAAGGUGGGCGUCAUACCGCCCAAGAAGUUCAUCACACGGUUGCGCAAGGAGAACGAACUUUUUGACAACUACAUGCAGCAAGAUGCGCAUGAGUUCCUAAACUACCUGCUCAACACCAUUGCUGACCUGCUGCAGGAAGAGAGGAAGCAGGAUAAGACCAAUGGCCGCCUAGCCAAUGGCACGCUGGACUCCCAGAACAACAACAGCAACGCCACGCCGGCUCCUACCUGGGUCCACGAGAUCUUCCAAGGCACGCUGACCAACGAGACUCGCUGCCUCACCUGUGAAACGAUUAGCAGUAAAGAUGAGGACUUUCUGGACCUGUCUGUAGAUGUAGAACAGAAUACCUCCAUCACACACUGCCUCAGAGGUUUCAGCAACACAGAGACACUGUGCAGUGAGUACAAGUACUACUGUGAAGAAUGUAGAAGCAAACAGGAGGCGCACAAAAGAAUGCGCGUAAAGAAGCUACCUAUGAUCCUGGCACUGCACCUGAAGCGCUUUAAGUACAUGGAACAGCUGCAGCGCUACACCAAGCUGUCCUAUCGUGUCGUCUUCCCCCUGGAGCUUCGCCUCUUCAAUACCUCUGGAGACGCCACCAAUCCUGAGAGACUCUACGACCUGGUUGCCGUAGUGGUGCAUUGUGGGAGUGGUCCAAACAGGGGUCACUACAUUGCCAUUGUCAAGAGUCAUGACUUCUGGCUGCUGUUUGAUGAUGACAUUGUAGAGAAAAUUGAUGCCCAGGCCAUAGAGGAGUUCUACGGUCUGACCUCUGAGAUCUCCAAGAACUCUGAGUCGGGCUACAUCCUCUUUUACCAGUCCAGAGACUGAGCAUGGAGGAGAGUGCCUCCACACGUCGACCAGGCGAAAGGCUCUGUUCCCCCUGACCGCGGGGGGGGGGGGGUAGUGGACCACACCGCAGCCUGUGUGGUGUCAUACCUGUCUGCACAGCUGUAACUCCUACCUGUGCAGCACCGCAGCGCAGCCUUGGAACUACCCCUUAAGCAGCCGUUGACUACCCCCCCUCCCCCUCCUCCUUAUUCCGGCUGAAUGCUGCUGCAGGGACAAUGAACCAUGGCAAUGACGAAUGAAACUUGUGUCCAGAUUGUUUUAAAAGACGCUGAAUGAGGGUUGUACAGAGGUUUGUUGGUUGUAUGAGGGGCGCGCUGGUUUUUAUUUUUAUUUUUCUUCUCAUCUGGUGUGAGGGCUGAGUGGGUAUUUAAUAAUUUACAUGAUGUUUUAUUGGCCAGGUGUCUUAACACCCUCGCACUGUAAUUAGGAAAAUGGGGUCUCCUUGGAGGAGACGAUGUUUGGGAUUAUAGAUAUGAGGAAGAGGGAAAGGAAGAGUAAGUGUCCCAAAAAUGAGACAGCCCCGGGUGGUGUAUCGCCACAGUGUACAGAAUGGUAUUUGUAUAAACAUUACAAGAAGUUAAUAUUAUCCUUGGAAAUUGUUAGAUCUUGAGAAGAUGUAUUGACACUAUGGUGCACUUUUGAUACCGUUUCGUAGGUGUUGGCGAGUUCAAUGUGAGGGUUCGGCUUGAAAAAGGCCUGUUGUGACGCGACCAUUUUCUGUUUUAAAGAAAAAUAAAAACCUAUCAG